GCAAGCCGUUCUGUGGAUUAAAUCAUAUUGUUGACGGUGAGAAACACACGGAUGGAUUGGUUAAAGAAUGAGAAUAUAAUAUCUACGAAAUGAUUGUAUAAUAAUAGAUAUGAGACGGUGGGGAUCCUGAAAGAGAGAUAGUAGAUGAAAAUACAGACAGAAUGAUAUUCGACAGACCAAUAAAUGCACUAAUAUUUUAACUGUGGGACCGAAGACCGAUUAUGAUUAUUAAUAUGAUUGAUAAAUAGGCUAAUUUAAUGUUAUGUAUAAACAAGCUAAUUUGUCGUUAGCAUAGCAGGACUAGAGGCCUGGUGUUCAGUGUUACGCUGUUAUCAUCCAGUCAGAUAGGAUGUAUUAUUAUUAUUAUUAUUAUUACUCUGUUACCUACUCUAUAUUUUACUGUUUGACGACACAAAGAACUAGUUAGUUCAUUAAUAACGACCUGAUAAUAACAUGGUAGGCUUAUGAAUGUGUUUCUUUAGUGCCAUUGUGUUAAAUUCAGUACUAGGCCACCAAGUGAGGCUACAAUAUCCCGGUUGUAUCAUUACCUGGUAAAUACUAGCAAGAACAGUGUCCCGUAAGGAGAAAGAGAUUAACUGAUAAUAACAAAUGUUAAUUUCUAUAAAUCUCUAAUAAUAGUUAACUGAGAGCCACUUCAGAUGUCUAAGGUAAAGAGUAGUGAGACGGUGAAGGUUGUGGUUCGCUGUCGCCCGUUAAACCGGAAAGAUGCAGCUGGUGUUACCGGGACACCAGGAGGAAGGGGCGGGAUCAUAGAGAUGGACGUAGAUCGGGGUCAGGUGGUCUUACGGAACCCUCGCGCUCUGCCCGGCGAGCCGCAGAAAACGUUUACGUUCGACUCUGUGUAUGACGCAUCGUCUAGACAACGUGACCUGUACGAUGAGACUGUACGCCCGCUGAUCCACUCAGUCCUGGACGGGUUUAAUGGAACCAUCUUUGCCUACGGCCAGACGGGCACCGGAAAGACCUACACCAUGCAGGGAGAGUGGCUAGAACCAGAGAGGCGGGGCGUCAUCCCGAACGCCUUCGAACACGUCUUCACCCAGAUCGCCCGCUCCACCGCUGACCGCCAGUACCUGGUCAGAGCCUCUUACCUGGAGAUCUACCGAGAGGAGAUCAGGGAUCUACUGGAUCCCAACCCCCCCCACACCCUGGAGCUGAGAGAGAGCCCGGAGAGCGGGGUGUAUGUGCGUGACCUGACAUCGUGCGUGUGUAAGAGCGUGAAGGAGAUACAGGAGCUGAUGAACGUAGGGAACCAGGUGCGCUCGGUGGGAGCGACAGACAUGAACGAACACUCUUCCCGUUCCCACACCCUGUUCCUCAUCACGGUGGAGUGUUCCCAGACGGGUCCGGACGGACGGCAGCACAUCAGGGUUGGCCGGCUCAACCUGGUUGACCUGGCGGGCAGCGAGCGGCAGGCCAAGACGGGCGUCCACGGAGAACGCCUGAAGGAGGCCGCUAAGAUCAACCUGUCUCUGUCGGCGCUAGGCAACGUGAUCUCAGCCCUGGCAGACGGGCGUGGCGGCCACGUUCCGUACCGGGACUCCAAACUGACCCGGUUAUUACAGGACUCUCUGGGAGGGAACGCCAAGACGGUGAUGGUGGCUACACUAGGCCCCGCCCCCCAACACUACGAGGAGACCCUCACCACGCUCCGCUACGCUAACAGAACUAAGAACAUCCAGAACCAACCAAGAGUUAACGAAGACCCUAAAGACGCCCUGCUCAGAGAGUUCCAGAAGGAGAUCGCACGGCUCCGCGCACAGCUCAGCCACAGGGAAGGGAGGGGCAAACACAGGAAGGAGGAGGGCUGGGAUGGAGAAGGGGAUGAGGAGGGAGAAGAGGAGGUGGAGAAGGAGAGGAAGCUGCAGGAGGAGAGGCUGGAAGAGGAGAAGGAGGCCAUCAGAGAAGAUGGAUCACUAUUGGCUGUGGAGAAGCAGAGGCUACUGGGAGAGAACGAGAUAAUGAUGGGAGAUCUGAGGAAGGAGCGGGACACCACCGAGCAGUUGACUGCCAAGUACAAGGUACAUACACACAUAUAUAGAGAGGAAUCUUUAGGAGUAUUUUUAUCCCUCCCUCCUCCCCUCCUCUCCUGCCCGGCUCAUCUCCCCUUCUUC